GGGAGGGGGUGUAGCGAUUCCUUCCUCGCACCGCUGACGGUUCCGUGCGUUCCUGGAGGCGAUAUUAAACGCGAAACGGGGAGAGUGAAGAAAGCUUUGCUGAUGGAAAUGAGCGGCCCGUGGCGUAACACCGCGCGUUAUCGGAACGACCCGACGUUCCUCAAUGGGGCGCUUCAACGCCACGGGAAUCACCGCGGGCUCCAAAGCGGCCCUUCGCUUGGAGGCAGUAACGAUAUAACGGUCCGCCGUUGGGUUCGGGCGGCCACAGCUGACGGCACGGCAGCCCCCGACCCCCCCCCACCCCUCCUAGGGGGGCUCAGCGGGCAGCAACCCGCGGGGCCGCCCCACAUCGGGGUCGGAAUGGCUCUCAUUUCCCCGACGGGACGGCAGAUGGGACCGGGAUGGGGGGCAGCGCGGCCACGGGGAGCGCAGCGCGGGGUUCGGUUGGGCGCUGAGCGGCGCUCCGGGGGUGCGGAGGGGCUCUCGGUGCGGAGCGGCGGAACGGCGCAGCCCCGGAACGCCGCGCUCAGCUCCGCCCGCGCCCGGCCCCGCUCUGCGCGCACCUUCCUGCGCCGGGACCGCCGCUCCGUGCCGGCCAUGCUGCGCCCGCAGCCCCUCUGCGUUCUGCUGCUGCUGCUGCACGGCGGCCGCGCCGCGUCUCCCAACAACGGCACGGAGACCCCGCGGGCGGCGGAGGGGAACGGGACGCGGACGGGCGCGGGGCUGCUGCCCGCAUCGGGGCUGCCGGUGCUGCGGCGCGCCGUGUUCGUGGUCAGCGCUCUGUCGGCGUUGGCCGCGCUCUACUUCGUGCUGAGGACGUUCCGCUCCCGGCCCGACGGACGCAGACGCGAACCCAGCGCCGCUUUCAGGUGGAAGAAACCGCAGCGGAAGAAGUACGGUCUGCUGAGCAGCUCCGAUGAACGCGUGGAGAUGGCAUCUCUGGACAGCGAUGAGGACACCGUGUUUGAGACGCAGAACCUGAGGCGAUGAUUUGGGACCAGUGGCACAACUGAGCGGACCGAGCGAGGGCUGCGAGUCCUCGGCUGGAGUCAGCGAUGCUGCAGUUUUAGCUUUGAGAAUUGCUUCUAAUGACUGCGAAUUAACAGCACAAACUCUUUGGUCGCUGGGGAGGGCAAAGGGGGACCAAACCUGUUUUCCUUCACACGUCUGUUUUCGGGGAGAGGUGGAGCUGCGAAGGACUCUGCGCUGAGUGCUGCAUGGGGUGGUGCUCAGGAAGAUGUACCAGAAGUGACUGUGGGGUGGCAUUGAGUGCUGCAGGACGGUGCCCACUGCCUGCAUGGGGCUUUUGGGUGCUCUUCUGACUGUGGCAGCAGCCUGGAGCUUGGCAGGCUCAGCUUUCCCUUCCGUGAUGUCCAAUCCCUUCCUUGGAGGGCUUUGUGCCAUCGGCUGCGCCCCGUGGUGGGGUGGGGGCAGCAGCAUCGCCUUAGGUCAGACAGGGGAGUUUGGGGAGGGAGCAGCGGGGUGAGCAGCGAGUGGGUGAUGGGUAUAAAUCCCUGCACGGGUUUACAAAACAAAGAGCUGUUUGCAAACAAAAUGUAUGGGAUGGUCUGUGGGGCUGCACAGGUGUUCUGCGCCCCGAGGGGGGGAGAAACGCGUCCACCUGAGAACCUGAGCUGCUGCGUAAGGGAUGGGAGAGCCAGGGCCUCUCUCAGCUGUGGUUCUGGGUCUGCUCAGACAUCAUCUCCCUUUGCAGCUGCUGCUGCUCCCCGUUGGCUGUGCUUCAGCUGCGUCCCAUCAGCUGAGCAGAAGGAACAGCAGUUGCGCGGUGUUUGGGUUCCAUGCAGGGCUGGAUGUGGCUGUUAGAGGGUCGUUGUUGGGAGAAUCGCUGCUGAAAUGGUGGCAACUGCUUUCCGAGUGCUUCUGAUUGCAGCUUUCAGCCCCGAAGGGAUGGGAUGGGAUGCAGCGGGAUGGGCGCAGCCGGAUCCCUCGGCCCCACACUAUAGUGCCUUUGUUGGGAGAAUGGCCUGCGGGAGUUCCUCCAGCACAGCUGUAAGGCUUUGCCUUCAUGUGAGGAUUGAGAAUGCCUUUGGAGUAAUGGCUCCUGGCGCCAGGUCAGAUCUCCUCUGCGGAUAAGGGGGGAGCCGUGCUUGCCAAAAAGAGUGGGGCAGAGGGGUACCUCCGUGGAGCAGCAGUGCCACGCUUUGCUGCUGCAGUGCACGGUACAGAUCAGGGCUGCUCCGAGGACGCAGAGCCGUUGCUCUGCUCUGUCUGAUCACCAUUUCUCCUGGAAAAAUAAACGGCAGUGUUGCAGGAGAAGUGCAAAACCCAGGGCAGGCAUCGCGGGGCCGUGGGGUCCCAUUGGAACAGCACCUUCUCAUCCCUGCACUGUGUCCCUGCAGCACGGAGCGAUCCAACAGCGACUUCUGCUGCAGCCUCAGUCGCUGCGUGCCAACACGCCCAGCACAGCUCUGUUAGCAGAGCUCAGAACUGAUAACAGUUGUUCAGAACGGACGUAAAUGCACAGAUGCCGACGGAUGCACGCGUGCUCUGAGCCCACUAAUCCAAUGGGCCCGGAGCUGUUGGGACCAAUGGAGUGUGGGGUGAUGUGGGGGUGGGGUGAUGGGAGCGCGGCGCCCUGCGGUGCUGCACAGCCAUGGGCUCCUGUGCACCACGAGCGCAGUUUGCUGGGAGCAAUCGCUGUUGUUUAAGCCAAAGCCUGAUUUCAGAAGUUUACAUAAUUGCCUCUGUGAUCCUCUUGGAGGGCCGCAGCGAGUCCUCUGCUAUGGAUAUCGAGCUGCUAGGCAAAUCGACUGGGUGUCUGCGGAUGUUAAUGAGAUCGACUGAGAGCGAGAUGAGCAUCGGGGCUCUGUUGUUAAUAACGUCCCUCUGUUUUGUUUCGUCUGCACGUGUGACUGGAAUGGGAUCCGCAGCAUCAGAGCGCUGGAGAUGGACCUGUGGUCUGAGCAGAUUGCCAAGGAGUCAAUAAAGCAGCACUCGAGUGCGUUGUGUUGGCUGUGCUCUCAGGGACGAGGAGCUGGGCUUUCACCCUCCUCCUCCUCGAGCUGUUGAUUUACUUUUGAACAGCAACCAGCCCCGUAUCGA